AUGCGUUCUAAUAUUCUCAUGAUGACACCAUGUCAACUGCAUAAUAAUAUAGCAUAUAAUAUACCUGAUCCAGAUUGUACGGGUCCUUUUAAUUUAUGUACUGAUGAUGAUAAAGAGAGACUUGGUCGUUUAGCAAUAAAAGCUAUACAUGAACAAAUGGAUGAUGACAAAGAUGGUAUGAUUGAACCAUCGGAAAGUAGUGAGUUUAUUCAAGAAGAAUUAGGAUCUAAAACAGAUGCUAUUCGUUAUCGAAAUUUUCAAAGUGCUGAUUUACAAAUAACAUAUAAUGAUCUAUGGAUACAAUGGCACCAAAGUCCUGUUUAUAAUUGGACUACGGAUGAUGUAGUUAAUUGGUUAGUUAAUUUUGCUCAUUUACCAAUGUAUGUAGAAAAUUUUCGUCGCAAUCAAAUUGACGGUCGAAUGAUUCCAAGAUUAGCAGCUAAUGAAAAACAUUAUCUUUCCGGUGUGAUGCAAAUACGUGAUCUACGACAUAAACGACGUUUAAUUAUUAAAGCAACAGAUGUUGUUUUAUUUGGUCCUCCACCACGUACACAUAAUUUAAUAAAAGAUGUAAUUUUAAUGUCAGCAGUGUUUAUAUCUUUUGGUGCUUGUUUAUAUGCAUAUGUACGUCAUCGGAGAACACAAGAAAGUAUGAAUACAAUGAUAAAAGAACUUGAAGCAUUACAAAAAGCUGAAGGUGAUCUAGUUUCUGUAACUGGAAAAAUAAAAGCUAUGGAAAAUGAAUUACAAGAUAAAAAAAAAGUUGAUCGUGGCACAUUAAGUUCUUGGUUUGUUGAAGUACAACAAAAUAAAGAAGAAGCUGAAAAAUAUCGAAAACGUCGUAAUUCAACUGUUGAUCAUGAAAAACAACUUCGUUUAGCUGUACAAGAAACAGAUCAAUUACGUAUUGCAUUACGUAAAGCAGAAGAACAUGCUCAUCAUCAAUCAUACGAAGCACCAAGUGAAUUAAUUGAAUUACUAAAACGUACUUAUCAUAUUGAAGAAGCAGCUUUUGAAAUUAAACGUAAAUCAGCGGAAAAUGCUAUGCUUAUUGCUAAAGAACAAAUGAUUAAAAUAUCUAAAAUGCAACGAGGUUUUUUUGGUGCUGUUCGUAUUGCACAUACAGGUUGUAUGGAUAAUAUAAGCGAAUUGAUACAUGCUGCGAAAGAACGUUUAGCGGAUGUUCAAGAUGAAUAUGAAGAACGUGAACGACGUUGGAAUCGUAUUGCUUCAUUACUUGAUCGAGAUGAUAUAAUUAGUAAUGCAUCAUUAUCGACACCAUCAACAGGAAGUAAUCAAUACUCGCUUGGAAAUACAAAUCCAUUACUAACUAAUGGAAAUAACAAUAAUGGAUCAGCAGUUUCUCGUAUUCGAGAUUCAACUGUUCGAUCUAAACAAACAUCUCUCGAUGCAAAUAAAUUAAUUAAUACUGAUCAUGAUUCAUCCAUGAUUAAUAAAAAUAGCAGUUCAAUGAAUAAUCGUGGAGCAUCAAUGAAUUCCUCAUAUCCAGCUCAUAUUUCUCAAUUAGAUACAAUUAGUCUCACUGAUAGUAAUUUUGAUUAUCCAAAUUCUCCAUCUACAGCAUUAAAACGACGUACAGUUACACAUAAUAUUAUAUCUGGUAAUCGUUCAUCAACUGAACGUCUUCUUAAUAAUUCAGCAAUAAGAUAUUCACAGUCAACAAAUGGUCUCUAUGAUACAAAUAUAAAUUCAUCAAAUGUAUCACGACAAGAUACAUCGGAUUCAAUUGAUAUACCAUCUUUACCAAAACAAACAAAACCAAUAUUUGAUAUUAUUACUGAUCUUCAAAAUGAAAAUAAUGAGUUUAUUCUUGAUGAUCAAGAUAGAAAAUCUCAUCGAUUUGAUUCCUUAUCAGAUGAUCAACAAUCAGUAGCAUCGUCAACGAAAUCUCGAAAACAAGAUUUAUCAACAAAAUUACUUAGACCAUUUCAUAUACGUUUGAGAAAAAAGAGUGGCAGUUAA